CCCGCGCGCGGCGGGCAAGAUAACAAACGCCCGGGGCUCCCACGCGGCUUGUUCGGCUGUGUGGACACCGCGGUGUGUACCACGACGGCUGCUCGCAAGCGGCGCCGCGCCAGCGCCUCGUCGGCCCGAGCGAUGGCGCUGUUCCGGGGAAUGUGGGGUGCGCUAAGGGCACUCGGACGCUCGGGGGCCGAGAUGUGCGCGGGCUGCGGGGGUCGCCUGCCCUCGCCGCUCAGCCUUAUCUGUAUUCCGAAAUGUUUUUCAUCCAACAUGGGUAAUCAUCCAAAGAAACCAAUGAGUUCAUACCUUCGAUUUUCUACAGAACAGCUACCCAGAUUUAAAGCUAAACACCCAGAUGCAAAACUUUCAGAACUGAUUAGAAAAAUUGGGGCUGCAUGGAGGGAACUACCGGAUGCAGAAAAAAAAGUGUAUGAAGCUGAUUUUAAGGCAGAAUGGAAAGCGUACAAAGAAGCUAUGAGCAAGUUUAAAGACCAGCUAACGCCAACUCAGUUGGUAUCUUUUGAGAAAGAAGGAAGGCAAAAACGUUUAAAAAAGAAAGCUUCAAUAAAAAAGAGAGAAUUAACUUUGCUUGGAAAACCAAAAAGACCUCGAUCAGCAUACAACAUUUAUGUAUCCGAAUGCUUCCAAGAGAGUAAAGAAGAGUCUUCUCAGGGAAAACUGAAGACUAUAAAUCAGGCUUGGAAAAAUCUAUCUAGUGAUGAAAGGCAGGUAUACAUUCAGCUUGCUAAAGAUGAUAGAAUUCGUUAUGAUAAUGAAAUGAAGUCUUGGGAAGAGCAAAUGGCUGAAGUUGGACGAAGUGAUCUCAUCCGUCGCAGUGUGAAACGCUCAGAAGACGUCCCUGAGGAUUAAAAGAUAGAAGAUGGAGUUGUCUUUGUUACUAGGCACAAGAAACCAAUUAGGUCUCAAUGCCUUAAGCUGUCAAAGUAGAAAGGAUAAGGUCGGUUAACACUUGAUAUUCAGUUCCUUUUUCUGUAGCCCAUGGACUUCUGCCUGUUGAAUACAUUCUGUUAUAAUCUCAAGCCCUGACAGUGGAAGAUCUUGCAGAGUUCUGCGUUUUCCUUAAGAACUGGGAUGAGACUGCCCGUGCAUCUGCAUGUAGUGGGGAUGCAUCACUCUGGGUUUGAUGGAGGUCGAUAGACUGGGAAGUAACUUUUACACUCGUAACAGUUACGUGAGGUUUUGUGAAAUUUUUACACUGAUGACAAUACCAUGGGUGUGUGAAGUUUUUACACUGAUCACUGUUACGUGCAAGUGUGCCUCUCAUGUUUUGGGGCCAGAGCUGCUUUCACAGCUAUGGCAAAGCUGUGGCGUAACUGCGCAUUCAAAGAAGCUUUCAGACUCAUUAGAUGAAGUGAUUCCUAGGGACAAAUCAUGUAUAGAGUUGAUGCUUGUACAUGCAAGUGAUUGCUGACAUCAUAACAGCUUUUUAUAGUAGUAGGAACAAAGAUUUACAAACCUUUUUCAUUAUUUUUUUUUCCUAAAGUAAAAACUAAAAAAUGAUGUACCAGGUCUAUGCAUAUUGUUUUUAUUGCAUAGAAUAAAAAUUCUAAUUUUCCAAACA